CAUCGCUGGUGAUACACUUCAGUGUUAGUAAACGCCCCCUGGGCUGCAACCCCAUCUAUUUUUGUUCAGCUUUUCCAGAAGUAACAACUUUGAUUCUUCUGGGCUAGUUCUCCUGUUCAGUGGUCUGAGUUGCACAAUGCCACGAAUAGACAAUGAUAUCAAAUUGGAUUUUAAAGAUGUUUUGCUACGACCAAAGAGAAGCACUUUAAAGUCUCGGAGUGAGGUGGAGCUCACCCGUUCCUUCACGUUUAGGAACUCUGGACAAUCAUAUCAAGGAAUCCCCAUUAUCGCUGCCAAUAUGGACACCGUAGGGACCUUUGAGAUGGCACGAGCCCUGUGUAAGUUUUCUCUCUUCACAGCCGUACACAAACAUUACACAGUGGAUGAGUGGAAAGACUUUGCUGCAAGUUCCCCAGAUUGUUUGGAGAAUGUUGCUGUGAGUUCUGGGACAGGUCAGUCAGAUUUUCAGCAUUUGGAGGAAGUCCUCUCAGCUAUCCCGCAGCUUCGUUACAUCUGCCUGGAUGUGGCUAAUGGAUACUCAGAGCAGUUUGUACAACAUGUGAAGGAUGUUAGAGCCAGGUUCCCUAAGCACACAAUUAUGGCUGGAAAUGUUGUUACUGGUGAGAUGGUGGAAGAGCUGAUCCUGUCUGGGGCAGAUAUUAUAAAAGUUGGAAUUGGGCCAGGUUCUGUCUGUACUACGCGGAAAAAGACUGGAGUUGGAUACCCCCAGCUAAGUGCUGUUAUUGAGUGUGCAGAUGCAGCACAUGGACUAAAUGGCCACAUUAUAUCAGAUGGAGGGUGUAGCUGCCCAGGUGAUGUUGCAAAAGCUUUUGGAGCUGGCGCAGACUUCGUGAUGCUGGGGGGGAUGCUGUCGGGACACACAGAAUGUGGAGGAGAGACAAUUGAGAAGAAUGGCAAGAAAUAUAAGCUAUUCUAUGGAAUGAGUUCGGAGACUGCAAUGAAGAAACAUGCAGGAGGAGUGGCAGAAUACAGGGCUUCAGAGGGGAAGACUGUGGAGGUUCCAUUCCAGGGAGACGUAGAACACACAGUUAAAGACAUCCUUGGAGGAAUUCGCUCUACCUGCACAUAUGUGGGAGCUGGCAAACUGAAAGAAUUGAGUCGUAGAACUACUUUUAUCAGGGUCACCCAGCAACUUAAUCCAAUGUUCAGCAACUGAUUAAUAGACCUCCCGUGCCAUAUUUAGUAACUCCUUUCCAUGUAGUAAAACCACAAAUGUGUUUGCAUUCACCGAAUCUUUCCAGUGCUACAUAUCUGAUUAUCUAGUAGUGGUUGGAACUCCGUGAGGGAUUUUUGUUUAUACCUUGCCAACCUUGGAUUGCCAAAUCUCUGUUUUCAAUCGGUAUCUAUAAAAGAUACAAAUAAUAUGAAUAAUUUUCAUAGGUGCGUUCUGCAUACUACAUAGGUUUUUACAGUGACUAGACAGCCCUAAAGGGUAUUACUAAUUGUACAGUUGUACAAUGAAUUGGCACCAUACCUGCUGUUCACAUUGCUGUAGCCACAUUACUGCCACCAGUCUGGGGGAGGGGUUGCUACCCCUUUACUGGGCUUUAUUAUUCUACCAGUUUACACAAACAUGCUAGUCAGAUGUAUCCUACUCUCACUGGCAUUAUACCAGACAAACUGACAAUCUCUGCUCUGUGAAUAAGUAUCUCCAGAUAAAUAAGUGAGCCAAAUUAUGGGAUUAUUUGUUUUUAGUUUUACUAUAGUGGGAGGAAAUCCUCACCAAUUUAUCUUAACAGUGAUAUUCCCUUUCUUAUAUGAGGACCAGUAUUUGUGAUUUUAAAUGUAAUGAAAAAUAAUGUAAUUACCUCUUUAUCAAUGAGCAUUUUCCAUUUGGAAAAAAUGUUGUUUAUUGUUAAACUGCAAGGGGCACUUUGCUGUGUGCCAGCAAGUUCACAGUCUAAAAUGAAUUCCCACCUUAUGUCUUAUUAACAGUAGUAGGACCAAUUUCCAUGUUGUCAGUUGUAUGUAAUUUGUACUCUUUCCUAUUAUUGUUUUGCUCUUACCAAGAGCAAGUUUUGUUUAUUGUUAAACCGUUACUUGAACUUUUAAGUGUCCUGGGAAUUUCAUUAUCUACGAUACAUUCCCUUCAUAUUGUUAACUGGUAUAUUCUUUUUAAUGAGGACCAGUUUCCCUGAGUUGAUAGUGAAUGAAGAUGCAUGCAGUUGGUACUCGUACCAAUAAAUGUUUUCCUUUUAACAAU